AUGCAUGAGGAGCUAGGAGAUCGGAAGCCCUCCCAAUUUCUUCGCCAUUUAAAGGGACUGGCUGGUAUCGACGUUCCGGACGACUUCCUAAAGACCAUAUGGAUCAGUCGUCUCCCACAUGGUGUCCAGACGGUGUUAGCGGGACAGCCUGCCACUACUCACGUGGAUGACUUGGCAGAUUUGGCAGACCGGGUAAACGACCUCACUGUAGUGUCGCCCAGGGUAGCUUCUAUGAACCAGGCCUCCUCUAAUACGGAGCUCAGUGACCUUAGAAGGGAAGUCGCGGAGCUUCGUAGGCAAAUGCAGUCGCUGACGACUAAUAGAGGCAUUCAGCAACAGCACCAGCAACGACCAUCUCGACGUACCACGCGCAGUAGAUCUCGGUCAAAAUCGCGGUCACAGUCUAAUUACCGCAAAUUCCCGAUCUGCUGGUACCACAGUAAAUUCGGCGAUAAGGCCAGCCACUGUAUCCACCCCUGUGACUUUAAAAUGGCGGGAAACUCCAUGGGCAGUCGGUAA